UUUACAGUAGGAAACCCUUAAAAGGUGGUUCUUCCUCUUUAGAAACAAGAAAUCAGAUUAUUGAGAGUUUCUCAGAGAAAUAAUAGCACAAAUUGUAUUUUCAAUAUGGAAAAGAUGCUUAUUAUAUGUUUAUAAGCAAACAUGUUCACAAAGUCAAGCCUCAGGUCUUCUGUCACGUGUCUAGUUACUAUUCCCAGUACUAUUGAAAAAGUUAUCUACCUGACUGUGUUUCAUGUGUCGUUAAUCAUGUUUGUGUGGUCGUACUGGAAAACCAUCUUUACAAGACCAGCAACCCCUUCCAAAGAGUUCUGUCUACCCAAAUCUGAGAAAGAGGAGUAUGAGAAGGAACAGCGUCCAGAAACUCAGGAGGAGAUCCUGAAGAGAGUGGCCACCAGUCUCCCCCUCUACACCGGCACCGGGGCAGGAGCUAUCCGGUACUGUGACCGAUGCCAGGUCAUCAAGCCAGACAGAUGUCAUCAUUGUUCUGCAUGUGACAUGUGUGUACUAAAGAUGGAUCAUCACUGUCCAUGGGUGAAUAACUGUGUGGGUUUCUCCAAUUACAAGUUCUUCAUCCUGUUCCUGACUUACUCGCUUGUAUACUGCUUAUUCAUCGCAGCGUCUGUCCUUGAAUACUUCAUAAAGUUCUGGACACUUUGCCGGAGGAAAUCGGCAGAGAAUUGUCCAAAGAAUGACCUGCCAGAGUCUCACGCCAAAUUCCAUGUCUUGUUUCUCUUUUUUGUGGCGGCCAUGUUCUGCAUCAGCAUUCUUUCACUCUUCACCUACCACUUGUGGCUUGUGGGAAAAAACAGGUCCACCAUAGAAGCGUUCAGAGCCCCGGUCUUCAGAAAUGGCCCUGAUAAAAAUGGAUUUUCCCUGGGCUUCAGCAAGAACAUUGCUCAGGUGUUUGGGGACCAGAAGAAGUACUGGCUACUUCCUGUCUUUACCAGUCAAGGAGAUGGCUUUUCUUUUCCUACACGGUUGGUCACUAUUGAUCCAGAGCAGCCCACUGAAUGUCUCCAGCCUGCCGGGUUGGAUAAAGGUGCUGUAGAAGGUUCUGCUGAGCAAACCACCCCUCUCAGUGAGUCCCAAAACCAUCUGUUAGGCAAUGCUUUCCACAUUGAAGAAGAUCACAAAGAGACAGACGUCUUAAAGUCUGAUGAAAGUGAGGCUAUCACUAUCUCAAUUGAGAGCGAGUCAUAACCAGGACUGAAGCUGGUGCGGGGUGAAUCCUCAGUGGUCUCGUGCCUUCGACUCCCAGUAUUUGGGACUGUUGAGGAGAAUCACAGCCAUCAAAGCUGAUGCCUUAAACAGCUCUUUUUCUCUGAAAGCUCCUGAACACUUUCCUUUACCCAUCGCUCCAUCGCUUCUGGAGCGUCCCAAAUCUGUCCUCACAUCUGUAAAAUUGCUCCCAGUCCCCAUUCAACUAUAGUAGCUGCACUCUUUCAACAAAGAGAUUUGCACGCAUGUCUUUUACAUCCAUCUUUUUUGCAAAGCAAACUGUUUUGUUGCUCAGGCCUUCACGAGACAUGCAGAUUUCGAAACUGUUCUCCAAGUGUUUACCAGGAAAUGCACCACAUCUGGUACCAACUGCUGUUUACUUGAGGGACAGGUGGGAAAUGUUUUAUUUUCUGGAUCCAUACCAAGUGAACAGUCUGACUGAGCUCGUCUGGAAUCCCGUGUGCCACAGAGUUCAGAUUUAAUGGACACUGCAAAGCGAAAGGUGCUCAUUCGCACUUUUAUGUUUUGGAAUAUUAUACUUUUUUUUUUAAACUUCAUUAACAUUCUUCUAAGAUAUAUAUACACACACACGUUCACAAAGUGCAACGGAGUGUGUCCAGGCAGAGGAAAAAUGCCUGCAAAAGACUGAAAAUCUUUUUUGUGUAUUCUUAAGCUGCUCCACUUAUGGUGACUUAUUAUUGUUUUUUGUCGUCGUCUUGAGAUGAUUCUGGUGUGGAAUGUUGUGCACACAUCGGCCACUUUACGUAUGCCAAAUAAAGGGCUUAAUACCAGAGCUCUGAACUCUACAGGAGUGUUUACAAAAUGUCAGUAAUACCUCUCUGCUCAUGCAGUGUAGUCAGUGUCAUCUUGGAAACCAAAUUGAAAUCUUUGUAGGUUCCUCCUGCAGUAUCAAAACUGGCCAGCAGGCGGCAUUUACACUGCUUGAUAUUGUAUUACGCGGUCAGUGGUCUUUGGUAUUGUAUCACCAGACUUUAUUAGUCUCAAUCCUCGAUUAAAUUGUUUUACACUUUUUUUCUUUUAUAUUUUAUACAUAAGCAUUGUGAAUAGCUCUGUAGAUUCCGAAUACUUAUUUUUAAGCCAUUUUUUUGCAAAGUGGUAAAGGUGAAACGUAUUUAUAUUUGUCGUAAGUUAUCAUUUGUAAACUUUGGUCCAGUGUGGAAUAAUAAUUGUGCCCGUCAGCUGUGACUGUACCGUGUGCUUACGUGGAACUGAUGUGUGGAAAUCCAGAUGUGUUUAUGUACUACAAAGUGAAUCGCGGUGAUUGCUUCAUUUGUGUUGUGACUUUUCUAAAGAAAUGCCUUGACAAAUCAAGACUUGUGUGCAAGCGUGCAUCUGGUGUCGCUGUUCUGGAGUGUUUGUUGUAAAUGAGGUUAAAACAAGUAAAGUAACCAGUAAAAAAGAGACAAAAUAGCUCCAUACAGAAAAACAAAGCAGCCUUUCGUGAAUUUAGAUAGACAGAUGAUCUUUAUUUAUACACCUGCAGCAUUUUAUGGAAAACUUUACUAUCUCUGAUCUGACUUUGAAUGGAUUGUAAGUAUUACCAGAUGGGUUUUAUUGUUCAUUAAGACAUAUUUGACAGUUUAUGUGCUGAGAAAAUCUGUUUAUCAUUUUUAGCAUCAGUGACCACACUUUGACUGUCAGCACAGUUAGGAAGAUUGCUGGUGGUUACGAAGAUUGCAGCAAGUAAUUUUGUAUGUGAAAUGGUUUAGCUGUUUUUGUGGUGUUAAGGAAUGCGUAUAUUGGUAAAGUUUUUUUUUUUUUUUUUUUUUUUUUUUUGUCUUUUGGACAGUCUUCUUAUGAAUUACACAGCCUUUAUUAUUAUAUUAUUAUUAUUUUGGCAUUCAUUACAUUUUAUACUUUAUUAAUUACGAAAAAGUAAACAUGAAGCCAUAAUGAAAUUAUUAUAGAAGAUUUGGUGUUGGUGUCCUUGUACCAUUUUCUUUAUUUCUGUCACAAUCAAAUAAAAACUGAAGCCUUGUGUUUCAAU